AUGGCGAAGAAGUCGAUGACACCGUCACAAAAAGAAGCCUUGGUGGAAUUUAUGGAAAACCACCCCGAUCUUAGGAAAGGCAAGUUUUCCAUAAAUUUUACCACGGCAAUAGCAAAAAAAAUGUGGGUGGAAUGCCAAACAAUGCUAAACAGCAUCCCCGGACCGGCUAAAGAAUGUGAUAUUAAAAGUGACUUCUCUGGAACUGGUGGAGGUCCUCCACAAACUGAUCAAUUAAAUUCUGUAGAAGAGAGGAUACUGUGUACAAUAGGGGAAGUACCAAUAAGUGGGGAUCCUUAUGUCCAUGAAUCGACUGUGAGUUUUGACCAUCAGGAUUCAAAAAAGUGUGUGUCAGAAUUUGUUGAUCCCCUUGAUAUGCCUGCCACUUCUAGUAACUUUCAAUACUUACAACCAGCACAAACAUCACAAAUUAAUAGUGAGAUACUGGAUACUCAGCCAGCCAAAGUACCAUUUACCGAGUUGUCUCAACUGAAACGUGUUGUGAAGUUCUCAAAAGCAGAUAGAUUAAAUAACACAGUUGAAGCCACUAAUAAAUUGAAUGAUGUAUCUGCAGCCCGUAACUCAAUAGUGGAGAGCUAUUACAAUGCUAAGAUUGAGUUACUAAAAAAGCAAACUGAGCAAAAUGAAAGGAUGGUAAUUGCUAAAGAAAGGAGUGCCAUUGCUAAAGAAAGGAGUGCCAUUGCUAAUGAAGCGAUUGCAAGAGCUUUAGCAAUGAUGUUGCCAAAAGAUCCUUUAAACAGCCCCACUACUAGCACAGAAUAG